AUGCGAACCUCCAACACAUAUGUGAGUGGCGACCGAGACGGCCCACUUCACGAUACUCCUGACCCGCUGGCUUUCAUCCCUGCUGGUGUUACGGCAACGUCUGUGGAGGAGCUCUUUUCGAUGCUGCAAGGUGAUCGCAACUCUGUCGAUGAGGGGAGUUCAUCAGGUCAGCGGGAUAGUCUGUUUUCAUCGCCCGAGCCCGAAGGGACCACGAUGAAUAGUAACACGAGCCUUGCCUCCGCCGUUAACAAGGGUUGCGAGGCUAGCAAACCACGCCACUUGGAGAGUUACCAUCGAACAGGCCCGGGAAAUGAUCAAGGUGAGGAUGCGAGAACAUCCCCCGCCCUAUCUGCCUGCCCAUCAAGCUUAUGUACAACAGUCGUAGCGAUCGUCUCGCAGGACGAUGUAUUGCAUGGUAAGACGGUGAGUUGGGUUGCACACCAGAACGAACGGUGUGAUUCCCCGGUUGGAGUGCUUGCCUCGAGAAUUCGGUCGCUUACCGAUCGAGAAGAAAGUGAAGGUGAGGAGCCCUGUACAGAGAGCGACAACAACGAGAGAGAUGAUAAUGGACGCCAUCUUGAGGCGGCACGUAAUGAUCGUCAUUACAGUGGCCGCAAUCGAGUGGAGCGCCGCUCCAGCAGGGUGUCUCUCUCCGACUAUAACUACACAACUGAUGCGGUGAGAGUGGUUGACGGAAUUCAACCAUCGAUGUUGGACGAUUCUCACAGUAAUCCCCGGCAAACCGCUAGUUCAACCUUCCCUUUGCCCAGAAAAAGGCAGGUUGCCGCGGGGCCCGAGUCAUCGUCUAGCGGGUUAGUUAUCAGCGACGAUCAGAGCUCUGGUCGAAAGAAGGUCUCGCAAUCACGAUCAUUUCAGAGUCGUCACGCCACUCAAAAAGAACUGCCCCUGGCUGCGAUAGGGUCUCACUCGAAAUCCCUACUGGAGGGACAGGGGUCACGAUUUAUGUCCUUCGGCCUUCCCCAUGACCUUGAUGAGGGACAGCACGACGCGGAGGAGGGGGUGGUAUGGGAAUAUAGGCGUCUUCUCGACUACAGAAUCGUUGAUGGUAGACCUUGGGUCCUGGUGCCCUGGAUUCCGACGUGGGAACCAAUUGAUGAAUAUCCAGAAGAAGAAGUGGACCGAGUCAGACGCGAAUACCAUGCACGGAUACACGGCAGACGACGGGGAAGGCCGCGUACCAAACAGCACCUUUGA